AGAGUAAUAAGCAGCGUCAGCAGAGUCAUUUAUCCCUGCACAGCCCAGCGAAGGCACAGGCAAAGGUUAAAGCAAAGGCUCGAUCACCUCGCCGUCGUCCAUAGCCACGACAGGACUGCCAUGUUUGCAACCUACCCCCCAUUACAGGCGCCCACCCCCUCGACCCUUCCCCCCGCCAGCAGCAGCAGCAGCGCCAUCCCCUCCAACCCGCCCUCGAAUCCCCAAAGCCCCGCCGACAGGAAGCCCACCGCUCCGCCCACGGGCCUCAAUGCGCGCUCCUGCGUGACGUGCCGGCGGCGGAAAGUCAAAUGCGACAAGAAGGAGCCGUGCUCCAACUGCACCAAGGCGCAAACACAAUGCGUGUUCCCAGCGCCGGGGCGGGCCCCACGGCGGCCGCGCCAGGGCGG